AUGCCUCCCAAGAAGAUUCGCUGCUCUGCCACUCAGUGCCGCGAGCCGGCUCAGCGCAUCGUCGGCGACUGCGGUUUCUGCCAGGGCCAUUUCUGUGGCAGACACCGUCUUUUGGAGGAUCACAAGUGCUCGGGUCUAGAAGACUGCAAGAAGGAGUCACACGAACGCAACGCAGCCCAGCUCGAAGCCGAGAGGACACAUGUGAUCAGGGGCGUAUAG